AUGUUCAUAGUCAGACGAACGAGAAUUCCUCGGCAAUCCAGCUCCAUAUAUCUACCAACAUACCUCAACGUUCCCACAGCCUCAUUCACAUCUUCACCUUUAUCCUCCCCCUCAGCUUCUUCCUCAAAACAGCCAUAUACCCCUCGGCCAUACAACUCACAAUCGGAUGUCAAGGGCAAAGGACGAGCCAUCGAUCAUGACCACCAAACUCCUCAAGUAAUCUCCAGUGGAAUCUUCAGUAAUAACCCUCGACAUUCCACGUCACAUUCCUCAACUCUUACGAGCAUAUACACACAUCGCAGAUGCUUCCAUGCUACUCAUAGGAGAGAUGCAAUACCUCUCUUACCUGCCUCCAUAGCCAUUCUCAAGGGCACAUCGAUCUUGACAGCCGCCACAGCAUUCUCACGCAUAAUCAUCUCCUUCUUCCCCAUAGGUACACUCGCAGCAUUCAAAAUGGCACACGCAGGUAAAUGGCUAGAAAAGGAUGUCGUCGAACCUAAAGUCAGCGAAGAGGCCACAGAAUUUUGGAAAAUGUGGUGUGAAGAUGAGAAAUGGAUUUCUUUAUCUAAAGAGGAUGCUGAAGAUUUUUUGGAUUCCGAUUACGAUGAGACACUUGGUGGUGGGAUGAUCGGCAAGAAAGGUCAAAUCGCUUAUCCUGUUCCUUUCCCUUAUUCAAGAUUCGGUAGGGGUGGUAGACAUCGGUCAUUCUCGUCGUCAAAUAUGACUUCGAUGUCGCCUAAACAUAUGCGUGAAUGUGCCAGGAAUGAUGACAGGAAGGUCAUCAAUUGGAUAAGAAAAGGAAAUUUCUUCAUACCGCCUUUACACCCUGCAUCGAAAGUAUCAUGGGAAGAGUUGACCGCAAGCCAACAAGGUGAAGUAGAACAAUUGAGGAGGUACUGGUUAGGGUUGAAGGUAUUCAAACAUUGGUACAGGAUUUCAAGAUGGUUUAUCGGGAUAGUGUUCGGAUUACCAUUCUUGGUACUUAUAAGUGUAUACCUAGCUGGAUUAGAAAGAGUUCCAUUAACAGGUAGAUGGAGAUUGAUCCUCUUAACUCCCGAAGAAGAAGAUACAAUAUCGAAUAGUCUAUCCGGUUCGAAUUGGUAUAAAUCAGUGAUCAACCUAUUGACCACUGCUGAAUCUCCGGCACCACCUAUAAUACCGCCAAACGACUGGAGAUGGAAUUGGGUACAGAGUACACUGAGUAAAUUGGAAAACGCCAUUUUGGUAGAUUGUCAUACUCUGACUGAAGAUCAGAAAGUAGUCUUGAGGAGUCAAUUAAACCUUCAACAGGCAAAUCAGGGAGACCAACCAAUCAUUGCUAUCCCACCACCUGCCUAUCAUCCGAUAAAACCUCGACCUAGAGUAUCAUCAAGAUUACAUUCCGUCUUACCUGGUGAAAAGUCUAAUUCGGGUCAGGAACAUCUGGAGAUCGGACCCCCGUAUAAUCUCAUGUUGAUGGAGAAGAACGAGGAGAACGCUUUUUCCUACGGAUUUGGAGGGAAGAGAGCAGGUGGGAUUGUGGUGUUUACGGGUCUGUUAGAUAUGAUCCUACGUCCGAAAUCAAACACUUCAACUCAAUCACAAAUACAAUCGCAAGUGGACCUCCAGCCCAUUUCCAACACGCCAAGUCGAGGAUUCUUCUCUUCUUUGUUCUCAUCGCCUAAAGCUGCUCCCUCAAAUCGAACCCCACCUCAACCGACAGAAGAACAGACUUUACAAUUAGCUUGUGUCUUAGCUCAUGAAAUGGGUCAUCUGCUAUUAAGUCACCAUCUCGAGACCUUGUCUCAACAACAGGUUCUUUGGCCGAGUGUCUUGGGUCUGAGUAUGGAUCUGGUAAGAGCUUUCAUAUGGCCUUUUACAUGGUUCCUUGGACCGACCGUUAAUGACGCGCUAGCAAAUGUCGGAAGAACAAGUACAGAAGAAUUAGCUGACAAAUAUGGUGAAAUUGGAUUUCAGUAUAUACACGAAUACGAAGCUGAUUUAGCUGGAUUGAGGAUCCUCGCUUUGGCAGGAUACGAUCCUCAUCAAGCUCUAUCGUAUUUUUCGACAUCGGUAGCGGAUUUACAUGAGAUUCAACCUAUUGAUAAAUCAAAGAAGGAUAAUUCAUGGACUGGAUCAAUGUUCAAAUUGUGGACUAGAGCUACGCAUCCCACCCCUGAGAAAAGGUUGGAAGCUAUAAGGGAUGAAUUGACCAGAUGGGAGAAAGAGGCUGAGAAGAUGAAGAUGGAAGAAGAACAGGGGAAGAAAGGUAAAUGA